AUGCUUCCCUGUCACUGUUAUAUCAUCAAUCAUGGCUCGGCUAACAUCUCUUUCUACUACUCUUUUCAUUUCAGAAGUCAGCCUCCAGCCAUGGCGGACCUGCAGACGCCGCUGGUGCGACCAAAGAGGAAGAAGGUUCUGGUGGACUACCUGGUGCAGUUCCGAUGGAUCCUCGUCAUCUUCGUGGUGCUUCCGGCCUCGGCGCUCAUCUACUUCAACAUCUACCUGGGCGACAUGUGGUCCGCCAUGAAGUCCGAGAAGAAGCGGCAGAAGGAGCACGAGGACAACGUGCAGAAGGUCGUGAAGCGGCUCAAGCAGCGCAACCCCAAGAAGGACGGCCUCGUCUGCACGGCCAGGAAGCCGUGGAUCGCCGUCGGCAUGCGCAACGUGGACUACAAGCGCGUCAGGCACUUCGAGGUCGACCUCUCCGCCUUCAGGAACAUCCUCGAGAUCGACGCCGAGAGGAUGGUCGCCAAGGUCGAGCCGCUCGUCAACAUGGGCCAGAUAUCCAGGGCCACCUGCCCCAUGAACCUCUCCCUCGCCGUGGUGGCGGAGCUCGACGACCUCACCGUCGGCGGCCUCAUCAACGGCUACGGCAUCGAGGGGAGCUCUCACAUCUACGGGCUCUUCUCCGACACGGUUGUCGCGCUGGAGAUCGUCCUGGCUGACGGCCGGGUCGUCCGAGCCACCAAGGACAACGAGUACUCCGACCUCUUCUACGGCGUGCCCUGGUCGCAGGGAACUCUCGGGUUCCUUGUCUCAGCCGAGAUCAAGCUCAUCCCCAUCAAGGAGUACAUGAGGCUCACCUACACCCCUGUGAAGGGCCCUCUGAAGGAGGUGGCGCAGGCGUACGCCGACGCCGUCGCGCCGAGGGACGGUGACCCUGCAAAGGUCCCCGACUUCGUGGAGGGGAUGGUGUACAGCGCGACGGAGGGCGUGAUGAUGACCGGCGUGUACGCGUCCAAGGAGGAGGCCAAGAAGAAGGGCAACAAGAUCAACAGCGUGGGGUGGUGGUUCAAGCCAUGGUUCUACCAGCACGCGCAGACGGCGCUGAAGAGGGGCGAGUUCGUGGAGUACAUCCCGACGAGGGAGUACUACCACAGGCACACCCGGUGCCUCUACUGGGAGGGGAAGCUCAUCCUGCCCUUCGGCGACCAGUUCUGGUUCAGGUUCCUCUUCGGCUGGCUGAUGCCCCCCAAGGUGUCCCUGCUCAAGGCCACCCAGGGCGACGCCAUCAGGAACUACUACCAUGACAACCAUGUCAUCCAGGACAUGCUGGUGCCCCUGUACAAGGUUGGAGACGCCCUCGAGUUCGUCCACCACGAGAUGGAGGUGUACCCGCUGUGGCUGUGCCCUCACCGGCUGUUCAAGCUGCCGGUGAAGACGAUGAUCUACCCGGAGCCGGGGUUCGAGCACCAGCAGCGGCAGGGGGACACGAGCUACGCGCAGAUGUUCACGGACGUGGGGGUGUACUACACGCCGGCGUGCAUCUUCCGCGGGGAGGAGUUCGACGGGGCGGAGUCGGUGAAGCGGCUGGAGCAGUGGCUGAUCGAGAACCACAGCUACCAGCCGCAGUACGCGGUGACGGAGCUGAACGAGAAGGACUUCUGGCGCAUGUUCGACGCGUCGCACUACGAGCACUGCCGGCAGAAAUACGGCGCCGUGGGCACCUUCAUGAGCGUCUACUACAAGUCCAAGAAGGGGCGCAAGUCGGAGAAGGAGGUGCAGGAGGCCGAGGCCGCCAUCCUCGAGCCCGCCUACGCCGACGAGGCCUAG